UCUGGUUAUUUUUUUAAUAGACUGAAUUAGUUCAUGUGUUCUUGUGUUUUAAAGGUUUCGGUGUUUUCGAGGUGAGUGGAUGACAAAGUGGGUAAACUGCGUGAAUGCAGCGGGAAUAAAGGCCGGUUGAGACGCUGUGUGUAAUGAAGAGGGAAGCUGUCCGUGCAGAUGCCUGUUCAAAACACAGCAGACGUCAAUAAUUCGUUUCCAAAAUAAUUUAGAAGAGCACGAUCCCCCUUUGAGUACUUGAACACUUUCAUGGAUCAAAGUGAGACAGACAAAUGUAACCAGCGCGUGUUUCACGGUGAUCGGCGGCGAUCGAUUCUGCGCAGGCCUGGUUCGUGUCACACGAGCCUGCAGUUUAUUUUAAAGAGGAGCCGACACCAUGAAUGAAGUGGAUUAUCUUGAUCAUAACAGAGCUGAGAGUCUGGAUUUUGAAGAAAAACCGGAGAUUAAACCUCCAGAUGUUGAACAGCUGCAGGACGCUGAUAUAAACCAAACCGCUGUAUUCCCUGCAGAUGUCCAGCAGAUGUUGGUGAUUAAAGAAGAAGAGCUACCCUGGACCCCCAGUCUGGACCAGCAGAACCCAGACCACCUCCACAUAAAGGAGGAGCAUGAGGAGCUGUGGAUCGGUACAGGAGGAGCGUAUCUUGCUGAUAGCACUAGGCGCACAUUGUCUUCUAUUUCCAUGAAGUGUGAAGAUGAAAGAGAAGAAAAACCUCAGAUUGUACAGCUUCAUCAAAGUCAGACUGAAGACGAUGCGGAAGCAGAAGCUCCAAACAGCAGCUCAGCUACAAAGAUCAACAAUGAAAUUGAUGAAGAGGAUUGUGGAAGACCAGAAAUUGCCAGGAACUCUAAACCAAAUUUCCAUUUGCAACUAAAUGCUGUUGAGAAGGCCCCAGACUCUUCUGAAACAGACAUCAGUGAUGGAGAUGAUUGGCAGGAACCUUUGUCUGAUCCUGGACCUGCAAACGAAGAUGGUGACAGUGGUUGCAAUAUACCUAAAUCAAACUUGAAAACUCUGAAAUCGCUGAAAAGCAAGUGUUCUUUUCAGAGAAGGAAGACAUGUCAUUCAUUCAAAAGGCCUCAUGGCUGUUUGUCUAAUGAGAAAUUUAACAGAGUGAAACAAAGUGAACCUUCAAAGAUGAAAAUCAACACAGGAGAAAAAACAUUUACCUGUGGUGUUUGUGCAAAAAGAUUUAAACAGAAACAAAAUCUGAAGACGCAUAUGAGAGUCCACACAGGUGAUAAACCAUAUAACUGUGAUUUUUGUGGAAAAGACUUUAGACAUCACUAUAGUUUUAAAGUACACAUCAGAAUCCAUACUGGGGAAAAACCGUUUGUUUGUGGCAUUUGUGGUGAAAAGUUUAGAAAAAAGCAAAAUCUCAAACGCCACAUGAGGGUUCACACAGGAGAGAAACCAUUCAGCUGUGGUGUCUGCGCAAAAAGAUUUACACAGCAGGGCGUUCUGAAGAGACAUAUGAGAGUUCACACGAGAGAGAAACCAUUUGGCUGCAAUCUGUGUAAUAAAAAGUUUACACAGCAGGGGGUUCUGAAGAGGCACAUGAGGGUGCACACAGGAGAGAAACCAUUCACCUGUGGUGCAUGUGGGAAAAGGUUUGUGCAUCAUCAUGAUCUCAAAAUACACAUCAGAGUCCACACUGGAGAGAAACAGUUUAGCUGUCCUGCGUGUGAAAAGCGAUUUACUCAGCAGGGAAGCCUCAAGAGACACAUGAGGGUGCACACUGGAGAGAAACCAUUUGGUUGUAAUGUGUGUGGGAAAACUUUUACUCAACAGGGAAGUCUAAAUAGGCACACGAGAAGCCACACACAGUAGAAAUUGUACUGGGUCUUAGUACAGUUUGAAACAGUUUUAACUAACCAAUCUGUGUUUGUUAAACCUGAGAUGAGGAAAACUUUAGGAUUUCUGAUUCACAAAGAAAGUUAACUUAAACUGAGUCAGACUCUAUACACUAAACCUACUCACUGACAAGUUUUCUUUAACAAACUGACUCACUUCCUUAUUAAAAAGUUGCUAUCAAACCACUUGGAUGAGCAAAUGAAUUUGGACAAGUUUACAUUUUAUAGACACUAAAAUGCUGAUUAUGUGUCAAUUCACUAUUUUUUAUUUACCAUGAUGGCUUUUUAAUUUUUCAGUGGUCAAUUUGUAUGAGUGAAGACAGUGAAUAUCUCACUGAUUUAUUAUCAGCUAAGAAUUAAAUCCAUCUUUCUAACUGUGAGUCUUUGAAUAUUAAUGCAGGUGUCAGACUGUCAGCCAGUCAGUUAAAUUAGACUGGAAAACAGUGUACAUUACUAUAGAAUCACCGUUUACAUCAAAAUCACCUGUAUAAAGAUUAAAAGUGUUGUCAUGUGUACAGAAGAAUUACAGAAGAAAAAGCAUUUCUCUGUACAAUGAAAUUCUUCCUUUGCUGUCCAUACACCAAUGCCAAGUUAGGUAGGGUUGAAGGAACAAGAUAAAUACGGAUACAAAUAAGACAAGCUAUUAAGAUAAAUAACAAAAAAAUUAAGGAUAAAAAAAUUGUGAAAGAUAAAUAAAUACAAAAAAAAUAAGUGAAGACAAGUGAGGUAUGCAGAUGUCAAUGUAAAUGGAUGUACAAAGGAGCUUAAUGUGCAAAAUGAACUUAGUGUGCAAAGUGUCCUGAUGUGCAAAUUGCAGUUGAGGUAGGUCAGCUGUUCAGGAGUCUUGAUAGCAGUGGAGAAGAAGGAGUUGUUGAAUCAGGAUGUUCUGGAUUUCACACUUUUAAACCUUCGUCUCGAGGGCAGAAGUGUGAACAGUCCGUGUUGAGGGGUGUGUGGGGUCUUUGAGGAUGGAGGCAGCUCUCCUCUGGACUCUGCGAUGGUAGAUGCUCUGCAGAGAGGGCAGUGGAGUCCUGAUGAUCUUCUCCGCAGUUGUUAUCACUCUCUGCAGGCGUUUGCGGUCCAUAGCAGUAGUGCUGCUGUACCAUACAGUGAUGCAGCUGGACAGUGUGCUCUCCACAGUGCAGCUGCAGAAGCUGCCGAGGAUCUUGGCCGACAAACUAAAUUUCCUUAGCCUCCUCAGGAAAUACAGCCGCUGCUGAGCCUUCUUGACCAGGUGUGUGGUGUUCAGUGUCCAGGUGAGGUCCUCACUGAUGUUUACUGUGUUGUAAUCAAGCACACUGUUGGAGAGAUGUCUGUCACAGCUGGAUCUUGGAGAAAAUCUCAGUGAAGAUGAGACUGAAAUGACUUAAAACUGUAAAACUGAACUAAAUGUGUUUUUAAAGUGACUUUUAAAGUCCAGCUGCAGACAGCCUGAUUGUAAUCUAAUUACAUUUCAUAUUGAAGUGUGUCCACAGGUUGGAAUUCAGUCGUUAAAUGACAUAAAAUACCAGUUUAAAGUUUCAUUAUCUGAAAUUCAGAGUCUGAACCACAAGAUAUUUUCCACUGAAAAUCAGUCAUCGUGGGUCGACCCAGAACUGGAACAGCACAUCAUUUCCCAGUCAGAGUAUAUUUUUAUGGCAGGAUGGAUCCAAAAUGGAUCGGGGAUUCAGACUGGAUCACACCUGGAUCUGGUUUGGCUCCGGUCAUUGCCUAGCUCAUCCCGUCCAGAUCUGUUUUGGAUUAGUUCAUAGAAGCUUAUCUUGUCAAAAAGUCAAUGCAGCUAGCAGCCCGAGCCAUGCCUUGUCACGUUUAACUUCUUCAAUGGAUUUCUUGUUUUCUUUUAAUUAAACCUGUACAUUGUAAGUUAAUAGCUCUUAGUGUGUAAGAUGUCUGCGGUGAUAAAAAUAAAGAUGUAUUUUUUCAAGCAACAUAGGUAUAGUUGUCUUUUUUGUGGUUGUUGUUUACAAAGAAUACAGAAUCAAAAAAUUAAAGUCUAAGGUUCAGGGUUUUGACAUUUUUAUGGUAAUCAAAUGAUUUCCCUUUUUUCCCUCUUUGUUAUGGAUUUGGUGGCUUGAAGUUGAGAGAAAGAAAAUAAUUUUACUAAACAGCACAUGAAACUCUCAAGUUACUUUAUUUUCGUAUGUGGAUUUAGUCUUUUUGUUUUCUGCUGACAGUUGUCACUAACAUGUUUACUGGUUAUCGAGGCGAGCUGCUGGAAAUACACUCUGGUCAGUUGGAGAUACUUUUAUGUUGCUAUAUGUAUUUUUAUCCUUCACAUUGCCACCAACCUCAUGACUCACAUCGUUUCACAACAACCAUAGCCAGGCCUGGAGCUAAUUGAAUAAGAAAUAAUUUGGUCUUGUUAUUGGAAAAAAGUAAAUAUUCAAAGAGAAAAAAAAGAUUAAAAAAAAAUGAACUGCUCUUUCAUUUUAGUUUUAGAAAUUGCAUAAUUUUUUGAUAGCUUAACUGCUUGUCAAAAGAACUAAACCCUUUCAGUUUUUUAAAUAUUUUUUAAAGAAAACAUAUUCUUAAGUCCAGAAAUAAACAAAUAACAAAUAUAGUAGAAGCAUGUGCCGUUUCCAUAAUGUAGUGGUUAUCACGUUCACCCUAACACGUGAAAGGUCCCUGGUCCGAAACCAGGCGGAAAUAUGCUUCUUUGCUUAUGUGUCCUGAUACAAAACUGUCUGACUGCAGGCACUGCUUUAUCUUGUGGGGUUGUACUGCUGUUUGGGACACAAAGAAGAGAAAGUACUCAAAUCUGGCUCAGGGGUUUUCUACCUUUGGAAGCUCUUUAAGAAUGGAAAAGUACUUUUAGUAUUUGGGAUUUGUGGAUUUGGAAGUUAAUGACAAACACUAAUAGCGCUUUCACAUCUGGAAAUAAUCAUAUUUGUUGCAGGUCAUGUAGUUAUAUGUUGAAUUUGGAAGGCUUGAUUUUAAAAAAAAUGUGUUAAUUUAUUUUCACAUUAGAUUAUUGUUCAAGCACUUUAUGAUACUACAGCAGUUGGCAUCAGUGUGCACCAUCACCAUGUAUACAAAUUGUAAUUAAAUAUGGAGUCACAGUUGUCCCGUGUCUGUUUUUGUGUUCUCUGCAGAUGUCCAACAGCUGUUGGUGAUCAAAGAAGAGGUUUCCCAUGAAUGGAGCAAUAGUCCGGACCAGAAGGGCCCAGAGUUUCUCUUUAUAAAGGAGGAACAAGAUGAACUCAGGAACAGUGAGGUGGGAGAGCCGCUUAAUG